UUGAGGAAAUGCUUGUAUUGCCACCAUAGCUGCAGUUUUAAUGUAUAUAACACGAAUUAAAGAAAUAAGAGGAUGUUUUUGAAGUUUUACGGAUGUGCUCCAACAAUAUCCAGGUAUAUCCGUGCGAAAUGGACGUUAAUGAUGAUCGAACGUGUGUGUUAUUUUACUGCGCGUAAAGCUCAUCUUCACAUGAAGAACAGACAUGGAUUUUGCCUUGCCUUUUUUUCCAAGCCAUUCAGGUCUUGUAGUUAUUGAUGCCACACAGCAAAUCAUACCACAACAUCUUCAGUGAAGCCACUCUCACAGCAAUUCACCAAUAAAUGAUGGAAAUAGUCUCCUCAUCCUACUGUAAAAGAGAAGAGGCUUAUUGGAUUUAAAAAGCAAGAAACACUCUUGAGUUAACAACACCUUAUAUGUGCCUGUUGAAGAGGACAGUGAAGACAUGAGUGAAUCAGAACUGUUCAAAAUAAAAGAUGAAGAUACUGAGGAACAAAGAGACCCAAUGGAAGUGCAAGAGGAAAGUCAAUUACUGAAUGAAGUGGAGGAGAAGCAGCAGUAUCAGGAACCUCAUAAUGCUAGAACUGGAGAAUCAAAAAAUUCCUUCACGUGCCCUCAAUGUGGAAAGAGUUUCACACGUAAAGGAAACCUGAAAAGUCACUAUAUAAUUCACACUGGAGAGAGGCCUUUCACAUGCCAUCAGUGUGGAAAGACCUUCACACGAGAAGGACACCUUAAUAGACACACAAGAAUUCACUCUGGAGAAAGGCCUUACAUAUGCGCUCAGUGUGGAAAGAGUUUCACACGUGAAGGAUACUAUAAGGAUCACAUGAGAAUUCACACUGGAGAGAGCCGUUUCACAUGCCCACAGUGUGAAAAAAGCUUUACAUGUAAAGAACAUCUAAAUGAUCACAUAAGAAUCCACACUGGAGAGAAGCCUUUCACAUGCCCGCAGUGUAAAAAGAGCUUUGCACGUAAAGGACACCUUAAGUAUCACAUGAAAAUUCACGCUGGAGAGAAACCGUUCACAUGCCCUCAGUGUGGAAAGAGUUUCACACAUAAAGGAUACUAUAAGUAUCACUUAAGAAUUCACACUGGGGAAAAACCGUACCAGUGCUCCCAUUGUGGAAAGGGUUUCACUGUGUAUGGAAACCUGAAAACCCAUGAGAGAGUGCAUACUGGAGAAAAGCCAUAUCCAUGUCCUGCAUGUGGGAAGAGUUUCAGCGAAUCAAGUUAUCUAAAGACACAUUUAAGAAAUCAUUGCCCACAAAGAGAGGUUGCAAUAAGUAAAGUUCAUCUUAGUGAACAGUGCAAAGUUCAGAUAAACCCGGAUAUGGAAUUAUUCCCAAGCGAGUAAUUUCAUUUAAAGGUGACUUAAUCGAAUCCCUCGUCUAAUGACCCAACAACUGAAAAAGCACUUCCGUUGAGUUUGAAAAAAAAUGGUUCCGUCACUCUUGUGAUUUGUCAAGUGACCAAUGAGCUUUUACUCCCACUUCUUCUCUCAACUCUGUACUUGGAAAUCUUGUGACAGACCGACGACUGAAGAGAGCAAGGUUUGACACCCUAAGCCAAAAUUGAGAUGUUUGUGGCCGGCUAGCGGACGCCAUCUUAAGAGGGAAAGUUUUCAAAAUGCUUUAACCUUGAGGUGUGAAGUUUGUACUUGUUUGACAAAGGAAAUUAUGGGAGGCCAAAGUUUUCCAUCAGAAAUGUUACUUUUUAGUAAGGUUUUUGUUGUAGUGCUUGUCUUUUAUGUUAGAGUAUCAGUUGCACUAAAUUAUUGUACAUGGGGGCUUUUACCAUACAAGGGGAGUAUUUGUCUAUUUUCAAUUUUGUCAUUCAUAGCUGUGACACAAACGAAAACAUUUAAAGGAAUAAUUUAAAACUGGAGAACAAUCCUUGCAGUGUGGGUAAUAAUAAUA